AUGCUGCAAGAUGUGGCGUCUCCCGAAAAGUGGAGGACCUUCCUCCACAAGUGUUUAGCGCAUCGAGUAGAUGUCGACGAGUUCAGAGACUUGUGCAAAUUGAUGCUCGCCCGCUCUCCUGUCAGAGAGGAUGAGCUAUUGGACAUGCUUCUAGAGGCGCGUGGCGCCUCCACCAUCACCUGGGAUCCACUCCUGCCUGUUUAUAUCGACGGGCUUUGCAAGGCUGGCCAGGUCAAAUGGUCUUCGGCCUUGACGAGCGUACUGAAUCAUUCGUCAAUUCGCGACCAAAAUGGAACUGGGAACAAUAGUUCUACGCUUAUGACCGAUAUCAAGGUCAUCCAGGAUGUCAUGCUUUCUAUCUCUACUGGGACCAUCCCCCGGUCCGCCAAUGAGGCUGCGGAACUCUACGCGGCGGUCGUCGAGUGGAUGUUUGCCGUCGUUUUAUCGCAUAAAAAUAGCUUGGGCUCGCUCCAGAAUGCGGGUGGCCUGAUGAGUUCUCCUGAUGCGGUGUCGUUGAUUGAGUCGCCUGGCAUUCUCCUUGCCUUACUGUCGGGUACCACCAAGGGCAUGGAGACGCUUUCCAGUGACUCGCAAAAAGGUGUUAUGAGAGGUUUGAAACAAAAGUUGGGCUUGGCUCUUUCAGCCUAUAUUCCUCUCUGUGUCGAUGUCUCCUUGCCCCUCCGACAGCGGUUGGAUACACUUCAGAAGGAAUUCAAUUUAUAUGGGGAGCAAGCUUCCAAACCAUUGGACCAUUCCACUAUUGAGGGGUUGAAUGUGAAUGCGCUUCAAUUUGAGGCAUCCGUGAUGGAUGGUCCGACUAUCAACACUAGAGCUGGCAUCUAUGUGUAUUUGAAUUCCAUGCUCGCUGGGCGGCCCUUGGUCGAUGACUCCAUGCUUCUAAAUUAUCUCACAAAUCGAUAUGAGGGCCAUCAAGAGGUUUUGGUUGAGGACAUCAUCACAGCAGCCUUUGAUGUCUUGUCCAAUGGUGUCUACCGCAAUGAGUCGGGUCGAACAAUGUUCUUGUUCCGCUCGUUUCUAGUCAACAAGCUUCCUGCAUUUUUUGCCGCCUUGACGGCCGCAGCCAUGGUACCGAUCAAUGUGGAGAUGUGUGUCAGUCAAGCAUUGAGCCGGCUAGACCCGAACUUGUUUCCCUCUUUCUCCCAGAUGUUUUCGAUGCAAGGAAACAGCAUUCUCUCGGAUGCCCGUCAGGAGUUUCUGUUCGCCUGUGCAUCCCACAGGUUGAUCCCCGAGUCCAGCAUUGAGCGACUUCUUGGAGAGAACCCGAUGCAGACCCUGCCUGUCGGAGGCCCAUACCAGAAAGACGAUUUGAUCUCACAGAUCAACAGCCAUCCCGACCGUGCGGAUCAAUUGAUUGGUGAGAUCGAAUCCAUGGAGGGAAAUGCCGGUGCGAUUGUUGGUGCGAUCACUGAGGUCAUGUACACCCUUUGCCACGGCAGAGAGACGAUCGCGUUGAAGGGUAUCUGCAAUGCACUCUCCCGGCGCCCCCAAGCUCUGGACGUCGUCUUGUUAUUCAGAACCACGAAGCAGAUCUUACAACCUCUCUGUACACUGCUAGACACCUGGCGAUGGGAUGAGGAACAAAGCGAGAAUCAACCCGUUUACGAUGAAUUCGGCAGUGUCCUUUUGCUAGUACUUGCUUUCAAAUACCGAUAUGACUUGAGUGCAUCCGACCUCGGCAUCACGAGCAAUAAUUCUUUCUUGUUGAACGUGUUGGAUCGAGGGUUUUGCAGUCAGAAGCUAAACGAGCUCAGUGACAAGCAGAACACCGAUUUGGGUGCAUGGAUUGGCGCUCUGUUUAUUGCCGAGGGUAUUAAUGAAGAGACUAUGGCAUCCUGCAGUCCGCAGGAGUUUUAUUAUCUUGUGGCGACACUGUUUGAUCAAAGUCUUGGAGCAUGCGAGUCGGGGAAGAUGGACUUCGAUACAUUGAAGGGAGGACUCGAAUAUCUGCUUGAGCCCUUCUUGCUGCCGUCCCUGGUACUCGCUCUAACUUGGCUUGGUAAUCACAUCUGGGAGUCAGAGACUGACCCCACGAUCCCCUUGAAAACACUAUACUCGUUGGUUAAGCCAAGCUCCAUCUCUGGCGAAGCCCAAGCUAUCCACCACACAGUCCUCUGCAUUACUGCUCGCCCUCUCGAAGAACGCCUGAAAGACGUUCGGACCCGUCACCAGUCUCGCUCAGACAUCAAACCGAUUCUAGAUGCACUGGAACCUUACCUAUCCUUCCGCCGAGUGGGCGCUUGCCACCGCACAGAGCUUGACGGCUGGUCUGCCCAGACAGCGGGUGGUCUACCAGGAAGCAUCCGCAAUACCCUACAGUCGCUAGUGAUGUGGAGCACAAACUCGGUAAUAAACACGGCACCACAAUCCUACUCCCAUCGCCAGAUUCUCGCCGGAAUUCGCAUCCUCGGCGCUUCGCGCGUCCUCGGUGCCCUACUGGACGAACUGAAACAGCAAACCGAGGCCGGCAGCGGUGAUCUAGCCCUCGAUAUCGUCGCAGCAAUCACCUGUGCACCAAUGCCCGAGUCUUUCGCCGUGGAUCAAAACAGCUGUCACCCCGUCGAUCCGAGCAAGGAAGCAUUACCCCGUUGUCAGAUUUUGACUUUGCGUGAUGCCCUCGCUAUCCAGCAUGAUAAUGUCCCCAAAAUCUCGGAGAAAGAUCCUCUGCGCGCGCAAAUCAUUGUUCGUCUCUGGCGCCGCGUCAGCAUGUUGACUACACCUCCAUCCCAGGUAGCGAACAUCGAUGUCAGCAACAUCAUUCACAACAUGGAUCUCGGUGUCGAUGGCUCAGACCGGAUGGACCUUGAGCCCUCUGCCGGUGUCGGCGAGGCUGUUGGUGACGAAGACCCAGAGAACAUCAACCAAAUGCUUGACAAAGCAGCCGCUGAUGCUGCUGCAGCGGCAGGAAUGGAUGGUGGAUUGGGUCAAGAUAUGGGGCUGGAUACAGGAACUGCCGGCAUGGAUGCUAUUGACGAUGUACUCAACGCCGCAGAUAUGGCGGUUGGCAAUCCCGAGUUCCUGGAUUUGGACAUGGAAGGGAUGUUCUAA